AGAAUCCAUAUAACUGGAGACAAACUGGGCUUUUCCCUAACACAUCCACUCGGAGGGGCAUUCGUCUUUCUGGUGGACCCAUGGACCGUGCGGAGAAAGAGCCUCCUCCUAAAAGGAGAAAGAGCACUGGGGACAGGAGCCCAAGCCAUCCCAAGUCACCACAGCACACACCCAAACGCUCCCUCCCACGAGAUGGACGGAGCUCCACAGAGAAUCCCCCUUGGCUUCGGAAUGUUACUGGAAUCACAUUGCCUCCUGGGAAAUUCACAUUGAGAGCGGAGAAACAGAGCACCAUCUCAGGGAUAGAGAGACAGUGGGAGACUGUUGCUGGUGUUCAGAGCUGUAGCCGACAGGCUGUUGACAGGGGGUGGGAGGAGCCGUUUGAUUUCUCUGUGAUGUCCUACAACAUCCUCUCUCAGGAGUUACUCCAUGACAACGCAUACCUGUACAGACACUGCAGUCUGCCCAUACUGGACUGGAGCUACAGGUUUUCCAACAUCCUAAAAGAGCUGGAGCAGCACAACGCAGAUGUAAUAUGUCUGCAGGAGGUACAAGAGGACCACUAUAUGAACCAGAUCAAACCCAGUCUGGAAUCUUUAGGAUAUCACUGUGAGUUCAAGCGCAGAACAGGCAGGAAACCGGAUGGCUGUGCCGUGGUUUUCAAAAAAUCCCGGUUCUCCCUCGUUUCAUGUCACCCUGUCGAAUACUUCAGGCGAAGCGUUCCCCUCCUGGAUCGUGACAAUGUGGGGUUAAUUCUUCUCCUGCAGCCCACGGAAUGUUCUAGUUGUGCCAGCAACAUCUGUGUGGCCAACACACACCUACUCUACAAUCCUAGACGCGGGGAUAUCAAGCUAGCGCAGCUCGCCAUGCUAUUAGCAGAGAUUAGCCGCGUGGCUGCGCUGCCGGAUGGCGGCACGUGUCCUGUGGUACUUUGUGGGGACUUUAAUUCAGUCCCCUGGUCUCCUCUCUACAGCUUCAUUAAAGACAGCAGGCUGGAAUACGGGGGCAUGGCCAUUGGAAAGGUGUCUGGACAGGAGGAAAGCCCCAGGGGACAGCGUGUCCUGACUGUGCCCAUUUGGCCCAGGAGUCUGGGCAUUACCCAACAAUGCCAGUAUGAGAGUCCACCCCGAGAGCUAAGCGUCAGAGAGCUGGAAGAGGAGGCUCUGGAGAUGCUCAACAGUUUAACUCAGCCCAGAAUUGAACAUGGCUUAAAGCUGUCAUCGGUGUACUCCCACCAUCUGGAUGAAGGAAAACGACCAGAAAUCACCACGUGCCACUCCCGCACAGCCAUCACCGUCGACUAUAUCUUCUACACAGCGGCUGAGGAGGGAGUUUCAGCACUGCCAGAAUGCACUGCGCCAGUAGGGCAGGGCCUGCAGUUAUUAGCCAGGCUAGCCCUGGUUGGUGAGACAGAACUUCAGGAAGUGAACGGAUUGCCCAAUGAGCACCAUUCUUCAGACCAUCUUCCUCUGCUUGCACGCUUCAGACUACACAAGUAACCCAGCAGGGAUGGAGGGGACAGUCCACACACACACACACACACA